CCACAGAGGGGAAAAACCAUCAGACAGUGACACUUGUCUCAUGUGCUCAGUCGCUUCACCUGCAGCAUACUCCGCCAGCAUGACUUCUGUCAAUGAUUUCCAAUUCCUUCUCCCAGUUCUGUUUGUAUGGAUACUGAAUAUUAAGGCCUGCGCGUCUGAGAACAUCAGCACCACAGCCUACUAUGAUUAUACUGACCACAGUAUGGAUUACAGUGAAUAUGCCACACAGUGUGUCAAGCAAUCCAACCGUGAAUUUCGCCUCUGGUUCAUGCCAACCUUCUAUUCAAUCAUCUGCUUCCUGGGCCUGGUGGGGAACAUACUGGUAAUCCUCACCUUCUUCUACUUCAAACGUCUGAAGACCAUGACUGAUGUGUACCUGCUCAACCUGUCAUUUGCAGACCUGCUCUUUGCCCUGUCGCUCCCCUUCUGGGCAGCCAAUUCCAUGACAGAAUGGGUGCUAGGCCUGGCUGUGUGCAAGAUGAUGCACACUAUCUACAAGGUCAGCUUCUACAGCAGCAUGCUCCUCCUGUCAUGCAUCAGCGUGGACAGGUACUUCGCCAUCGCCAAGGCCGUGUCUGCCCAUCGCCACCGCUCCCAAGCUGUGUUUUUCAGCAAGGUGUCAUCGGCUAUCAUCUGGGUCAUGGCUAUGAUUUUCUCCGUACCAGAAAUGACAUACGCUGCUGUCAAUAACAAAACCUGUUCCCUUUAUACCGGCACCUCUGACCAACUCCGUGUCAGCAUCCAGAUAAGCCAGAUUGUUUUGGGUUUUGCCAUACCACUCCUGAUCAUGGGCUUCUGCUACAGCAUCAUUGUUUACACCCUCUGCCAGGCCCGCAACUUUGAACGGAAUAAGGCCAUCAAGGUGAUCUUUGCUGUGGUGGCUGUCUUCCUCUUCUGCCAGGUGCCUUACAACAUUGUCCUGUUUAUGACCACAGCUGAUGCAGCCGGAGGGGGCAGCACAGACUGCAACUACGACAACAACCUCCUCUACGCCAAUGAUGUCACUCAGUGUGUGGCCUUCCUGAGGUGCUGCCUGAACCCCUUUGUCUAUGCCUUUGUUGGUGUGAAGUUUCGCAAUGACCUGCUGAAGCUACUGAAGGACUGGGGCUGCAUGAGCCAGGAGAUGUUCUUCAGGUACACCUGUGGCAAGAGGAGGAGCUCAGCACCCACAGACACCGAGACUACUACCACCUUCUCUCCCUAAAACUGCCAAUGUAGCCUCCCUAUCAAAUGUUUUGCCACGGAGAACUACCUACACAGAACAGUCGAUCACACAGCGGACUGAAGACUGUUAUAAUGGAAGUUACGAACCAGAAAAUAGCAGAAAAUACUGAGUUAUCACCAGAAACAUAUAAUUUCAAAAUAUUUUCACAUGCAGACAGCACAUGUUAUCAUAUGUACAGCAUAAGCUUUUAUUCACUCAACAUCAAAUACUUUUCGAUGUAUCAUCUAAGUGUAUUUCUCUGGAAUUCUGGUUACCAUAUCGGUAGUUUCAACCUGGCAGAGUGUGCUCAGUAGAGUAAAGAUAUCCGCCAGGUGUACCUCCCCCUCUCUGGUGCUUGGACUGGUAAAAAAAAAAAAAAAAAAAACAGCUGGGGAGUUACCACUCAUUUGCUGUAUACCACCACCACCACCUUUUUAAAAAUGUGUUAUACGAAAUUGUUGUGGGUCGAUUAAAGUGAGGACAUUUUAGACUCACCUCACGAAAAAGUGGAAUAAGCACAUCAUUUCCUGGUGGAGUGCUCAUGGCUCUCACCGUUGGACUUACUGAUAAAUUACAUGCUUAUUCCAUGUUUUUUGUCAGCUGAGUAUAAAUGAUACUCACUUCAAUCAGCAAUUCUGCAGUGUAUUAUUCAGCAACUAUUUUUUGAUUAGCUUUGUUCUUAUUUCCAAGCCUAAGCAAUGCAUUGUCUAUACUGCUGUAAUAUUUUUUAUGUCACAAAACUGAAACCUUAACAGCUAAAUGCUACCUUGAAAACUAUGUUUUUAAAAGUAUAAGUUAAUCUUUUCUGUGUCUCAUCUUUGUAUGCAUGGCAUGCCAUUUAUCAAACUUCCUGUAAGUGUAGUCCUGUUACUAUAAAGGCUGCGUGCACCAUGCAGUCAUGCAGUUCAACAAACCACAGGAAAAACCUCUGUUCUAUCCUGUUGAUACCUGUUCUUUCCUGUACAUUAUAUUUGCAACAUUGUAAAAGCAAUUAAAUGAGACUGAAAAGCUGUAGCAAAUAUUUACUUCUUUCCUACUUAGAUUUACUAAUU